GCGGAUGGGUGCUGUGAAAUCCGUUAACAGGGGAGCUCUGUGUAUUUGUUAGACGUCUUGGCUGCUUGCCCAACUUGGCUCAUUGUAAUCGAGGCAUGAUCGUCGACUCCAGGCAGCCCUCUCUGCCGCCUCGGCUGCCUCGCGUCUGGACCCAGCCCAGCUCUCACCACUGACAUGGAAAGACCCACGCCCAGUGACAUGAUGCCCAAGAGGGAUCAUGAGAGGGACCUGGAGCUGGACAAGAAGAUUGAGGCUCUCCGCAGGAAGAAUGAAGCGCUGAUGAAGAGGCACAAGGAGGUGGAGGAGGACAGGAAGAGGGCAGAAGAGGAAGGAAUGGCGCUACAGAGCCGCAAGGGCAAAGCUGAGGAUCUUACCAUCACAAUCAGCAAGUCCACAAGUGAUAGUCGUGUGGUGGUCACAAAGCCAUUCAGCGGUGGUUCACCGGCUGGGAAAGGACAGCAGGAGGUCGGGCCUGACAAGGUGGGGGAAGGCGCUCCGCAGGGUGCUGGACGAGGCCACAGGAAGCAGCUAAUGGUCACCAUGGCUGGCAAAAAGGGUAAGAGGGUGGUGAGUGAGAGGCCAGAGAGGAGGGCAGGCCCUUUGGACAUCAAGAGCCCUACAGAUGACGGACAGGCGAGGCGUGUGGAGUCGGCUGGGAGGGGGAAUCAGCCGCCUCACAUGAACAAGAGAGACACAGCAGAACAGGACGGGGCUAAACAAGGACAGCAGCACACUGAGGACCAUCACAGGCUUUCAGAGCAAUGCCAGGAGCCGGAGAGCCUGCAAGUCAGCACAGACCUCAACAUCCCCACGUCAAAAGAGGAGCAGGAGGAGUAUGUGCGCUGGAAGAAAGAGCGCGAGCAGAUCGACAGGGAGAGAGUGGCACGCCACAAAAACGCCAAGGGCCAGUGGAAACGGGCGUGGGACUUGGACAAAAAUGAGAACAUGUUUUCAGACAAAUCUCUCCCUGACAGAGACUGGGGGCCUUCCAGCAGAGGUGGACGAAAUGCUAGAAGAGGAACGUCCCGAGCAGGUCAAGAGAAACGAGGCAAAGACAAGGGAGCUAAAGACGUGCAAGUGAUGAGCAGUAAAGCAAAAGGCAUAGAUCGUCUGACUGGGAGAGCCAGGAGAUGGCAGGCAAAUGAGGAUGGAGAGAACCUACAGUCUACUGACACAACAUUUGAAGAGUUCUUGGAGGAACUCGACGCCCUCACAGAUGCUGAGGUAGAAGAUCAGAAAGAUCAGGAUCAGUUGAAGCUGUCGCCCAACUCAGAUUCACUGAGUGAGGAAGUGAGUGGAUCCACAGCCCCCACUCAGGGGCAGGCGGAGGCCUCGUCCCCUCGGGGUUCGGAUAAGAAAGUACGUUUCUCAGAGGCGCUCAUCCAGGAGGGUCAUACAAAGCAAGCCACAGGCUCUCAGGACUCCGCCUGCUCAGAAUCAAGAAGUGUGAGCUCCUUGAAAGCUUCCUCACCUAAAAAAAGCCAACACAAAGUGCGGGGGCCACAGCAGCCUCUGGAAAGUGCCAAGCAGGAUGAUGUUAGUCCUCAGGAUCAAGGAGGUGGUCCGUCUGCUCCUCCCGUUGCCCAGCAGCACGCUUCUGAAACUGAAUGUACUGAAAAAGACAGCACCCUCCCCUCCACACCCAGCUCCCCCUCUGCUGAAAAAGCCAGUGCUUCGCUACAGCAGAGCUCUGUUCAGUCAGUAGAGCUUGCCAAGUGCAACAUCAGCAACACAAACACAGAGGAACUAAUAGACUCCGGCCUGUCUGUCCUGAGCCUGGCGUCAGAAGAAACUCAUCCAACACACUCCACCAGCAGCGACAAGGCAAGAGAGCACGGGAAGAUUGUUUGACAUUUUCUGGAUGUAAAUACUGAAACCAAAUCACAGUGACACAGAGCCUUCGCCUCUUUGUAUUUGCAUUUUGCUUCAGGUACCUCAUUUGAGUUACCCUGUUUAUGGCUUACACACAAAACCAUGGUUUCAUUUUGCUAUGGCGCCUC